UUAAAAAAGCAAGUUAAAUUAUGCAUCGAGCAUUCCAGUGUUGACAUUAAAGAUAUAGAAGGUUUCGAAGAAUUACUUGAGUCACCACCCUCACUUUCUGCAUCAAAAAAAGUAUUGCAGACAUCAAAGGAUCGAAACAAGUAUUUAAGGGAAACAUUAAAUAUGGUGGACCCAAUUGAAAUAGUGCUUGGAGAAGAGGUGGUAACUUCUGAAGUGAAUGGUCAGUUCCGAGUGAAAAAACACUCCUUUCAGUAUAUUCCAAUAAUAAAGGUCUUGGAGCAAUUGCUUAAUCAAAUUGACAUCAUGUCACAAGUUCGUAACCCUCACCAAAGUUUAGAUGGGAAUAUGCGAGACUUUAGUGAUGGAGAGCAGUUUAAUCCUGGUCGCCAUCCACUGUUUUCAGUCAACCAUAAGGCUCUUCAGAUUCUUCUUUACUAUGAUGACUUUGAAGUUGCAAAUCCUUUAGGAGCAAAGGCAACUGUGCACAAGCUAGGUGGAUUUUAUUGGAUUUUAGGAAAUAUACAUCCAAAGUACAGAUCAUCCCUUAAAAUGUUGAAUCUUGCCAUAUUGUGCCCUGUGAAGUGGAUAAAAAAGUAUAGUAUGGCAAAAGUUUUGAAGCCUUUGAUGGCUGAUGUGGCAUUGCUAGAAUCAGAAAAUGGGGUUCAACUAAACAUAGGGCAGUCCAUUAGAUCUUUUGAAGGUACCUUGAGCUUGGUUUUAGCAGAUAACCUUGGCAGCAAUGGUAUCAGAGGCUUUAUGGAGAGCUUUUCAGCAAAAAGGCCAUGUCGAUUUUGUAUGGGUAUAUUGGAUGAAUUUCAAACAAAGUUCACAGAAGAAGAGUUUACCAUGCGUUCCUUUCUUUUCCUUUUCUUGUUUUUUUUUAUUUUUCUCAAUCUCCAUGGUUUGUUGCAUGGAAACUGUAAUACCUAA